GGAGACGAGCCAAGGCAAGUUCGGAUCAGAUCAGGAAGGAGCUCACCGGUAGAGCGAGACAGACGGCGCCAGGGGAGAGACGCGUGUUGGUUUUUGGCGAUUGACAUUCUUUUUGUUAUCGAUUAACGAGACAGUGUUUCUCCAGAAAGAGAAAAAAAAAGGUGCAGGAGAUCCCCAAACGACACGGGGGAGACAUGCAGCUGCCGGCCAGACGGACUUUGCUCCUUCUUCUAGUGGUUUUAUUAACGCAAGACUGCUUCUCAUCCAAGGCAGAGGACCGGCUGUUCAAGAAACUGUUCAGAAGAUACAACCAGUUCAUCAGACCAGUGGAGAACGUCUCUGACCCCGUCACUGUGGAGUUUGAGGUUUCCAUCUCGCAGCUGGUCAAAGUUGAUGAGGUGAAUCAGAUCAUGGAAACAAACUUAUGGCUCAGACACAUAUGGAAUGACUACAAGCUGCGAUGGAUGCCGGUUGAGUUUGACGGGAUCGAGUUCAUUAGAGUUCCAUCGAACAAGAUCUGGAGACCUGAUAUUGUGCUCUACAACAAUGCUGUAGGUGAUUUCCUUGUGGCGGAUAAGACCAAGGCUCUGUUGAAGUUUGAUGGCACCAUCACCUGGGUUCCUCCAGCCAUUUUCAAAUCCUCCUGCCCCAUGGACAUCACUUAUUUUCCCUUUGACUAUCAAAACUGCUCCAUGAAGUUUGGCUCCUGGACGUAUGACAAAGCCAAGAUUGACCUGGUACUUAUUGGAUCCAAGGUGAACCUGAAAGACUUCUGGGAGAGCGGCGAGUGGGAAAUCAUCGAUGCUCCGGGCUACAAGCAUGAUAUCAAGUACAAUUGCUGCGAGGAGAUCUACCCCGACAUCACCUACUCCUUUUACAUCCGGCGGCUGCCACUCUUCUACACCAUCAACCUCAUCAUCCCCUGCCUCCUCAUCUCUUUCCUCACAGUGCUGGUUUUCUAUCUCCCGUCUGACUGUGGAGAGAAGGUCACGCUCUGUAUCUCCGUCCUGCUCUCCCUCACUGUGUUCCUACUCGUUAUCACCGAGACCAUCCCCUCCACGUCGCUGGUCAUCCCGCUCAUUGGAGAGUACCUGCUCUUCACAAUGAUCUUCGUCACCCUCAGCAUCGUCAUCACCGUGUUCGUGUUGAACGUACACUAUCGCACGCCGAUGACCCACACCAUGCCGGGUUGGGUGCGCUCGGUGUUUCUCAAAGCGCUGCCGAGGAUUAUGCUGAUGCGGAGGCCGAUUGAUGAAGACAGCAAGGCUGGGGGGUUGGACAGCAGUGGGGAGGUAGGAGGAGCUGGAGGGGGAGGAGGAGGCGGAGGAGGGAAGAAGAAGAAGAAGAAGAAUUUAAUGCAGCAGGUCGGAGGAGGCUCCCUCAACUGUCUGGAGUUUGGGGACAGUAAGCUGUCCUCCGUGGAUGGCUGCACUGGGAAGAAAUGCCCUUGCCCGUGCCAGCAUGGAAACGAGAGUGCAGAGACUUCAGACAAGAUGCCGCGACAGCUGAGUCCGCAGAGCAUCAACACGGUGGUGGCCUUUUCUGUGGUUUCACCUGAGAUUAAACAGGCCAUAGAGAGCGUGAAGUACAUCGCUGAGAACAUGAGGAGCCGCAACAAGGCCAAAGAGGUGGAGGAUGACUGGAAGUACGUCGCCAUGGUGAUUGAUAGAAUCUUCCUUUGGGUGUUUGUGACCGUGUGCAUCUUGGGAACCACAGGCCUCUUCAUCCAGCCGCUUUUUGGCUUCUUCUCAUAACCGCUGAGCGAGCAGGCUCUGCUGCGACCCCGUGUCGACCAAUCCUGAACAAGUGACAAACUCUCAGUUCUCAGUUGAUGAAUCAGGAAACAGAGUUUUCAGUCCCAAAGCAUUAUUUGAUGUGUUGGGUUUUGCUUCUUGCCUUUCGCAGAGAGCAGUGACUACAGGAUCAGGGAAGUUGAGGGGCUAUGGAUCUUUUUAGGUUUGAAGGCUGGUCAGUAACGGACAAAAAGUUUUUUUCAAGCCAUAAUUUUAAUCUUUUUAGGGCUGCUCAUUUUAUGAAAAUAAAAUUGCCACAGACAAAACAAUGAUUUCUGCUUCUGGAUGACCUAAGAAAUCAUGGGAUAAAAUAAUAUCUUCAAAUAAUAAACAUGUUCUUUCAUCUUACUUGUCAAUUUCAAUUAGUUAAAGGAAAAAAUCUUUAUUAUGAAUAACAAGACAAUAAAUGUUUGAUUUGAAUGUGGCUUAACUACACCACAUUCCAUAGAGUAGAUGUCCUGUCAGCUGGCUAGAGUUUAGGCUGUUUUGCUCCGGCCUGACUGAAAUGAUCUCCUGCCUCAUGCCGCUGUGUGGAAUGAAUCACUGGGCAAAAAAGUUUUCACAAAUAAAGUGUAACAACAUUUUAAAAUCCAGACAUGACCAUCAUCAUAACUGCACCCGGAUCAAUAGAAGGGAGCCACAGCCACGACCUCACAUCCAGUCUAUAGCCUCUGUUCCAGUAGAUCAGUGCAGUUGUCAUUCAGCAAUUAUUUCAUUGGUGUCUGAAAAAGAAUGAAGCAUGUUCAAUGAGCUUUCUUUCAUUUUGUUAGAUAAUCAUCAUCCAGUACAAUACUCACUUUAAUACCAAGUUAAAUGAUAGUUAGUUUAUAUUAAAAAAAAACAUCUCCUUUAAAGAAGACAAACUUGCUCUUCUCUUCUGUAAAACCAUGACAUUGAGCCUGCAAACUAUUGGCUAAAUACUAAAUACACAAUAUUAGAUUGUUUCAAAGCCAGCGUCGUCACAACAUCCAUUUCUAUUAUGUUCUAAUGUUGUAUUUGUACUUAAUGACAGUAAGUGGAAUUUUUAAUUAGCUUUUAUUACUUUAGCUGUUAAUUGAUAACAGAUUAAGCUCCAUUUUGUAGCUAUACUGCAAAUUUUAUAUGCUAUCGCUACCAAAAUGAUUUCCAUGACAGUCAUUUUUUUAAAAACUUUAUAUGAUAAAAAAGAUGUCAAACAGACACAUUCAGGUCUUAUAUUUAUGUUGUCUAAGUAUUGCUGUUCAGGCCUUGCAGGCAGAGAUGGAUCGACAGAGGUACGUAUGUUAGGCUAGGACCAGAACUUGGCACAUCCAUUAUUCCUUCAGGACGGGAACCUGAACCUCCCACAGGUGUUAGUGAACUGACAACUUUCCACAUCCAGUUGACACGAGACAAACAGUUUUCCCCACAUUGAACUCGAACCUCCAGCAGCUAGUUUGCUCUGCCCCCUCCAUCGAGCUGACUGAUGACUGUCGUACCCGCUCCCCGCUCUGAUUCAUCAAGCCGCUUGCUGUCAGCGCUCAUCACGCUCUCUGCUUCUACGCGUCAUUUCCAAUUAGUGUUCCGAUUUCUGGCACAUUUGUUUACGCUUUUAACAAACAAGGGCAAGCUGUUCUUCUUUUUGUAAUUAGAAACCAUGUGUUUAUAAAUGUUCUGAGUAAUGUUCCACAAGGUAAUUGGUUGGCCUGGUAAACAUUGGAUUAACUUGUACUUGAUUAGUUGCUCCUGAAAUAGCAGCACAUUUAUUAAUUCGCGAGAGGAUUCUAUCAUCCAAUUCCAUGGCUAAUGUAAUCUUUUUUUUCUUGUCACUUUUGAUUAAGUUUACCAUUAAGAGCAAAAAUGCAGUGCAGGAAAAAUGCAUGACAUACACUUUGUUUGCUUUGACCACGAAAAACAUUAUUCUCAGAUUACAGCACAACAAAGAAACAUGGUUGGUUUCAUUUAUCCCAUUUUCGGUUUUAUCUGUUAUGUCCGGAUGCAUCUGAAAAAAAUCUGCUGAUAGGAGCAAACAUGUUUGUACAAAUGAUCCUUGUGGAACUGACAAAUAAAUGCAAUAUUUCUUCA